UUAUUGAUUGUCGUUGAGUGUUUGUGCUUUAUCCGCAUUUUUUAACAAAUUAUCAUCAAACUCUUGAAGAAAACUUACAAAAUGAGCGAUGUGAAGUCUUUUCUUCACCACUAUUGUCAAAAGAACAAGAAGGAACCCCAAUUCGAAGUACGACCGACUGGUCCGAAACACCGACAAAGAUUUUUAUGCGAAGUACGUAUCGACGGAUUUGACUACGUUGGUGUGGGUAAUUCUACGAAUAAGAAAGAUUCUCAAGCGAACGCUUCGAGGGAUUUCAUUAGUUUUCUUGUUCGACAAUCUUUGGUUAAUCCUAAAGAUGUUCCUGUGGAUGUUGGGCUAUCUGGAGGGAAUGAUGCUGGACCGAAUAAUUCUGGAGUAUCACAAGAUAACAAUACGCCUCAAAAGUCUGUAUUUGGAGAAGGAAUGGGUCCUCAAAGUUAUGGUGAAGCUUAUCGCCCUGUUGAUAGAGACAGACCCAAUUGGGAUUUUAUUGAAAAGAUGCAACAAAAAAGAGUUGAAGAAGCUGAAGAUUUAGAUGUUAACGCUCAAAUCCACGGUAAUUGGACUAUUGAGAAUGCUAAAUCAAAGUUGCAUCAAUUCAUGCAAACUAAUAAAAUCAAUGCUGAUUAUAAAUAUACUCCAGUUGGGCCUGAUCAUACAAAGAGUUUUGUGGCGGAAAUGAGUUUUUAUGUCAAACAACUCAAUCGGAACAUAAUGGGUCGCGAUACAGGUUCGAAUAAACAAUCGGCGAGCAAAAGUUGUGCCCUAUCAAUAAUCAGGCAACUAUUCCAUCUUGGCGUAAUAGAAGCAUUUUCGGGAACACUCAAAAAAGCAAGCGGAGGAUCCGAAAUGCCGCCAUACCAAGUUGCAAUUUCACCAGAUUUACGCACUAAAGUCAAAAAUUGCCUUCGAGAUUUAAACAUCACCCCAACUUCAAUUUCUGAGCCAUCAGAUCAACCGGUUUCUCUUCUUACAAAUACCGUUUUGGAUGCUUUUGAGGAAUCAAAGGUUACACCUGGAUCUGUAGUUUCUUGGUCGCCUCCUCAACCAAAUUGGAAUCCUUGGACAAAUUGUAAUAUUGAUGAAGGCCCCCUUGCUCGCGCAACUUUAGAAGAAUUAAGCGAACAGUUAAUGAGAGAAUCAAGAGAUCGAUUACAGAAUGAUAAGGAGUUACAAGGAAGUAUUAGGGAAAGAGAUCAAUUACCUGUUUAUAGCGUUAAAGGGAAGAUUAUGGAGGUUAUUAAUGAUAAUCCUGUGGUUAUUAUAAGGGGAAACACAGGCUGUGGUAAAACAACUCAAGUUUGUCAGUUUAUCUUAGAUGAUUAUAUAGCUUCUGGGCAAGGAGCUUGGUGCAACAUUUGUGUAACUCAACCAAGGAGAAUCUCAGCUGUUUCCGUAUCCGAGCGUAUCUCUAUGGAAAGAUGUGAAAAUAUGGGAACAAGUUGUGGAUAUUCCGUUCGAUUUGAAUCUUUACUCCCUCGUCCAUACGCCUCAAUCAUGUUCUGUACAGUCGGUGUUUUGCUAAAGAAAUUAGAGGGUGGUCUUCGCGGAGUUAGUCACGUAAUUGUCGAUGAAAUUCAUGAACGUGACGUAAACAGCGAUUUUAUUAUGGUCGUUUUAAGGGAUAUGAUUCAUAGUUAUCCCGAUUUACGCGUAAUUCUUAUGUCGGCGACUAUCGACACGACUUUAUUCUCGAAAUAUUUUAAUGAUUGCCCUGUUAUUGAAAUUCCUGGAAGGGCGUAUCCCGUCCAAUCAUUUUUCUUGGAGGAUUGUAUUCAAAUAACACAAUUUAAUCCUCCCGCUGAUAAUCGUAAGAGGAGAAAUGGCGGAAAUGAUGAUGAAGUCGUUGGUGAAGAUUCCGAAGAAAAUUUAAAUAAAGUUUCUCAUGGUAAUUAUUCGCAACAAACUCAAAAUGCUUUAAGUCGACUAUCGGAGAAGGAUAUUAGUUUUGAGUUGAUUGAAGCGCUUUUAAUUCAUAUAAAAUCGCUGAGUACUCCUGGCGCGGUUCUUAUUUUUCUCCCAGGUUGGAAUUUAAUUUUCGCUUUAAUGAAACAUUUGCAACAACACCCAGUUUUUGGAACUUCAAAUUACUGCAUUUUACCAUUACACUCUCAAAUACCAAGGGAAGAUCAACGCAGAGUUUUCGCCCCAGUUCCUAUAAAUAUUACUAAAGUUAUUUUGUCCACAAAUAUUGCUGAAACGUCUAUUACAAUUAACGAUGUCGUUUAUGUUAUCGACUGUUGUAAAGCAAAAAUGAAACUUUUUACUUCUCAUAAUAACAUGACCAGUUACGCUACUGUUUGGGCAUCUCGCACUAAUUUAGAACAAAGAAAAGGGCGCGCAGGUCGAGUUAGACCAGGUUUUUGUUUCUAUUUAUGUACAAAAGCCCGAUUUGAAAAAUUAGAUGAACAUAUGACGCCGGAAAUGUUUAGAACGCCUUUACAUGAAUUAGCUUUAAGCAUAAAAUUAUUAAGAUUAGGAAGUAUUGGACACUUUUUGAGUAAAGCAAUUGAACCACCACCAUUAGAUGCUGUUAUAGAAGCAGAAGUUUUAUUACGUGAAAUGAAAUGUUUGGAUAAAAACGAUGAAUUAACACCUUUAGGGAAGAUUUUAGCCAAACUCCCCAUUGAACCUCGAUUGGGAAAAAUGAUGGUUUUAGGUUGUAUUUUUAAUUGUGGAGGUCCCUUAGCCACAAUGGCUGCUAAUUCUUCAACAUUCCCAGAAAUAUUUACUCUUGAAGGAGGUCAAAGGCGACUCAGUUAUCACCAAAAAGCUUUAGCUGGCGAUAGAUGUUCAGAUCAUGUCGCUAUGUUAACCGCAUUUGAAUUAUGGGACCAAGCCCGUCAAGGUGGUGAAGACGCUGAAAUUCGUUUUUGCGAAUACAAAGGAAUUAGUAUGCCAACAUUAAGAGUGACAUGGGAGGCGAAAAAUCAACUUCAAAGUAUCUUAACUGCAGUUGGUUUCCCUGAAGAAUGUAUGCUUCCAAUUUCAAUGGAUACACUUGGUCCAGAUCCCAAGUUAGAUGUGGUUAUGUCAUUGAUGUGUUACGGGCUUUAUCCCAACGUUUGUUAUCACAAAGAGAAACGUAAAGUUCUCACCACCGAAAGUAAAGCCGCUUUAAUCCAUAAAACCUCCGUAAACUGUAGUAAUUUCGACCAAUCUUUUCCGUUUCCAUUUUUCGUUUUCGGUGAAAAAAUUCGUACUCGUGCGGUUUCUUGUAAACAAAUGACCAUGGUUUCACCACUACACCUUUUAUUAUUGGGUUCAAGAAAAGUUGAUUUUGUCGAUGGAAUUGUUCGCUUAGAUAAUUGGAUUAAUUUUAAAAUGGAUCCAAACGUAGCUGCGGAAAUCGUUGCACUUCGACCCGCUUUAGAAAGUUUGGUUAUCCGAGCUUCGAAAGAACCCGAAUUGGUAACCGCAAUGAGUCCCAUGGACAUUCAAGUAAUUGGAGUAAUAAAAGAAUUGUGUAAAAGUAAUGCGGGAAAUUAUCAAAUUGAACGAUCUUCAUCGAUGUCUAGGUUAGAUUCGAAACGACCUCCUCGCGGACAUACUUUAGGAAAUAUGGAUGGACCACCACCUAAUAAAUUUGCACGAGGCAAUUUUGGAGGAAAUGGAGGUGGAUUUAGAGGAGGUUUUGGAGAUAACAGAGGAAGAGGGUUUAAUAGAGGAUAUGGUGGUGAAUUUGGAGGAAGUAGAUUUAGGCGAGGAGGAUAUCGUGGAGGUUUUAAUGAUUAAGAAAUAUUUAAUGUAAGUUUAUAAUGCAUUAGAACUUAAUUAGAUUGUAAUGAAAUCAAGUUAUGAAUAAAAAAAUCGUAAAA